AUGGCGACCACACAUCUUGUUGGCUAUAGCAAGAGUGUUAGAGCUCGAUGUCACGGUCCACCGCCUUGCAAGAACUCAGCCAUACUGGUUGGUGCUCUGCGGUAUGGAAAGGCCGUCGCGUCAGCGACAGGCGAACAAGUGGAAUGGCGACACUGGGGAUGCGUAACUCCAGACAUUCUAAACGAGUUGGCUCUUGUUACCGUCCACAAUAUCGUGGACUUUAACAGGCUCAAGUACGGCUCCCCUAUUCCAUCCCCAGACAGUGUUUUGACUCUUUUAAGACCCUCGGACCAGCAGAAAAUCAGUAUGGCGAUCUCCCUACGCCGGAUAGAUCCUUCGGAUAUCCCUGAAACUGCCCGGUCAGGUCAAGCCACGUCUGGUCCCCCUCCAGGACCAACGCAGCUUUCCCAAAAACGUAAAGCGGGAGCUCCUCCAACCAUACCGGCUACAAGUGUAACCGCACAGAUUCCUAGAGAUCUUCUACCUGGGAGAAGGAGAGGAGAGGAAGAGGAGGAGAAUCUUCCUAUGGAGGAAGAAGUCCGCGACGAGUUGUACUGUGUAAUGGUGACGAACGUGGUUGGGAUUCAGUAUUACAAAGGCCUUGUCGGUCCGGGAGAACAAGUGAUGCUUGUUCGGGAGCCUCACAAUAAAUAUGACGCAAAUGCCAUACAGGUCAAGAAUAUCCGAAAUGUCCAGGUUGGUCAUUUACCAAGGACCGUUGCCUCGAAGCUUGCUCCUUUGCUUGAUCGGAGGGCAGUAAACGUAGAGGGAGUGAUUAACGACGGGAAUUUGGGUGGGCGGACAGGUUAUGUGUUAUCAAUCACACUCAAAUUCUAUGCCCCGGCCGACAAGCGGGACGAACUCGAGCCCCAGCUUGUGUGGGCCACUCCGGGGCAGAGGGGUUUUCCUGCUCGCACUUCUGCCAGCAAUGCACGAGCCGCCCGUGGCGGCACGGCCAACGCCCAAGGCCGCCCCGCAGCGGGAUAUCCGUCAGUUUCACAGGGCUACGCAUCUUCUCAAGGGUACGGCUAUGCGGGUGCUUCUUCGCAGCAACGCGGACCUACCCCUACGCAACUCAAGCAACAGGAAGCCCUACGUAAGGCUGCUGAGCUGCGACAAAUGCUUGAUAGCUUGGAGAAGAUUGACGACGAAGGACGUCGAAACUCCUUACUCGACACUGUCUGUUCCAAAGACGACAUCCUCAAUAUUCCCCACCAUCCAAACCCUCCCGGGACAGCAAGUGGAGAACUCAAAGUUGAUCUUCUGAAACAUCAGUCUCAAGCCCUUCAAUGGUGUAUCGACAGGGAAAAUCCCAAACUGCCAACCAAAGAAAGUGAUCCACCUGUGCAAUUCUGGCAAUUUAGAAAGGGAAAUAACAAUACUCCGUACUAUCUCAACAUUGCCACCAAAACCCCUCAGCGAGAACCCCCCCAGCUGGGUAAAGGGGCCCUUUGUGCGGACGCCAUGGGUUUGGGCAAAACCCUCACAAUGAUUGCGUUGAUUUUGGCCACGAAGAAAGAAAACCAUCCCAAUUUUGCAAGAUCCACCCUCAUUGUUGCCCCCCUCUCUAUUCUGUCAAAUUGGGAGAAGCAAAUUGCCGAUCACUGCGUCCCGGGAGCACUCACGUCCUACAUCUAUUACGGAAACAACCGCAAUAUCAGCACAGAUGAUUUGAAGAAGUAUGACGUGGUUAUCACGACUUACCAAACGAUCACAGGUGAACAUGCCGAAAGUGCUCCUACGAGUGGCACGAAGAGAAAGAAGGUCGGUGAACGGGCCUUGUUCGAAAUAUCCUGGAAGCGUAUCAUCCUGGAUGAAGGUCAUGUAAUCCGUAACCCCAAGACGAAGAUGGCUCGCGCGGUGGUUGGACUGACUGCUGAUAGACGAUGGGUUCUCAGCGGAACUCCCAUUAUAAAUUCUCCCCGUGACCUCGGCUCAAUGUUGACCUUCCUGAGGAUUUGCCAACCUCUGGACAAUGAGGAUUUCUUCAAACGACUUCUUAUCCGCCCCUUGAAGAAUGGAGAUCCGGAAGGUGCUGAGUUGCUCAAGGCUCUCAUGAGUCAUGUCUGCAUCCGUCGUACCAAGGAGAUGCAAGACGCCAAUGGUGUUCCUUUGAUCGGCUUACCUCCUGUGGAAAUGAUCAGGGUCCCUGUCACUCUGGAUCCCGAUGCCAGACGCAUCUACGACCAGAUCGAGGAAAUUUCACAGCAGCGAAUCGAGAAGAUGAUGUCAUCCUUCGCUCCCGCCUUUGUCCAGUCAAAUGUCCUUAGCAUGCUCACCCGUCUGAGGCAAAUAGCGUUACAUCCUGGUCUGGUGCCUGGGCAGUACUUGGAACAGCUUCGCGCAGCGGAAGCGGCUGAGGGCAUGGUCGGAGAGACGCUGGAAGCUGAAGGGAUUCCCUACGUCCGCUUCGAUGGACAAAUGUCUGCCAAACGUCGGCAGGAGGCCAUAGCCCGGUUUUCCGUGCCCGUUACAGCCUCCAGCAAAGACACUAAUCCAGCUGCUGAACAGGCUCCCCCGGAAGCCGACAAUGGUCGACCAAGACGCACCACUCGCCGCAAAUCUGCGCCUACGUCCUUCGCGGUGGAUGCAGCUUUCGGUGACAGUGAUGAUGACUACAACCCUAUGAGUCAGAGCUCGGAUGUCGACGACUUCGAUGACAACGACAUGGGGGAUGUCGAACCUGAACCUUUGCUGGAUACAGGCCGUGAUGAAUCCAAUCCGCGUGUUAUGCUCAUCUCUCUCAAGGCGGGCGCGCUCGGGCUUAACCUGACGGUCGCCAACCAUGUAUAUCUCAUGGAUCCCUGGUGGCAGGAGGGAAUAGAAAGCCAGGCCGUCGAUAGGGUUAAUCGUAUUGGACAAAAGAAGCCUGUCCAUGUUUAUCAAUUGAUCGCAGAAAACACUGUCGAAUCGAAGGUCCUUGAAAUCCAGGAUAGAAAGAAACAACUCGUCAAGCAGGCAUUCUCUGGAAUUAAGAGUCGCGAAACUCAACGCCAACAGCGCGAGGCACGGCUCCAAGACUUGGUGGAAUUGUUUGGCAUUCGACGACAAACUGAACUCUCUCAGACUCGGGACGCAUCUGGUUCGGGACAGGCCUAA